UGUUUUUGCUUAAUCUGGGCACUCUGGACGACGCGUUCCUAUUCGAAUAAUAAUAAAGGAAACAAAAUUUUAAAUUAUGGAUAACUUGGACCCAUCAACAACCCUUCUUCCCACCGACUCCAACGAUCUAAGAGAUACACGUGACCACCACCUAAAAAAUGUUCUCAAAAUGAAACUCGUCCUGGAAGAGCUCCGCCGCUUGGACUUGGGUUCGCAACAGAGUCCAGAAAUUAAAAGAGCCCUGAAACUAAUAUCCAUUGGUGAUUACGUGCGCCUGGGCGAGACCCAUGGUCAGGAUCAUCUUCUGGAUCUCCAGGUCUUCAACAGCUUCCCUCCUUUGAACUACACCGAUCGUAAGGCGGUACGAACCAGACUCUCCGCCCAACUUAGGAACAACCUUCAACCCAUUGUCGAGUUGGGCGAUAAAAUACGGCAGGAAUUCCCUGAUGCAUUUACUCGCGAUGCGGACCUAAGUGCCGAUCAAGAGGAGAUCAUCAAGCUGGAGGAAGAGCACCGCAACAGUCUGGAGCAGCUGGUAGAUCUGCAGGAACGCAAGUGCUCACUACUUAAGGGUGUCGCUGACCUGAAGUUGGGUCCACAGUUGAGUAACGAACUCAAACUGCAGCAGGCGCAGGCGCAACUCGUUCAAACCAAGGCGGAACUACUGCGUGGUUUCUUUGUUCACCAAGCGGCCACAAUCACUGACCACAGCGUAAAGGCGCACAAGGAGGUGGAGACGCAUCUGGAUGAGCUUCUGGCCUCAAAAAAUAUUUCAAUCAAAAACUAGAACUCAAGAAAAUUGUAUUCAUUU